AUGGACAACGCUGCAUCGACGACCGAAAAUCAGCAUGCGCCAUGGCUACCGAUCCCAUCACGUGCCGUCUCAGUCGUCGAACAUCCGGCUAUCGUCAAGAACGUUGACAAGGGCAUUACCUCAUUAGGUGGGCCUGUCAAACUGAGCAAGGGCUUGCGAUCACGAUUGGAAACCACGACCAACGCCGAAGGUGACGAUGAGCUCAAGAAACUCAUAUCCGUCUCGCUGCGCCCCGAUGACCCCUUCGCCAAGCGUUUGCUGUCUACGCCGGUGAGGACAAACAACCUGCUACUCAAAGUCACAGUGCCAAAACGAACAGGACGCAAACGAAAGCGUGGUUCUUCAGGUCCUUUUCUUACCGAAGAUGAGAUAGGAAGUCACGAUAAUGGCGCCUCAAAAAGUAGCACGUCGACCAACAAGAUAUAUGUGGAUGCCCCGACCAUCUACAAGAGCCUGCAAGACAAUGCCUCGACAUACAAGGUUGCUCUGGCCGGAGUCGUGGAUGAGACGCAUCGAUUUCGAAACAUGCCCGACUUGCAAUAUGCUGCUUCUCACAACAACAUCAUGGUUGGCCUGCGAGAUCAUGUCUUGCUGAAACGAUACGAACAGUUGAAGAAGUAUAAUGUCAAUACCGCGGCUGGUGCGGACCUUACCCAAAGUGUUGGACCGUCUCCAGAGUUCAUACAGAUGCCAAUCGCCUUCAACUAUCGGUUCCAGCAAAACUCCAACGUCAAGUACACUGAUCAAGGUGUGGUCAAUAUACAGAGGAGCCUGGCCUACAAUGCAUACACGAUCGUCAAUCCCACCGAUGAACAUGUGCCAACGGAACCACGACCAGGUCUCCCAGCGGAGAGAGAUCUUACGCCAUAUAUGCAGUCACUGAUUACUAAUAUUCGAGCCCUGCUUUUACAAAGGCCUAUCGUUACCCGCCAGUUACUAUACAAUAGGCUUGGCUGGGACAAGCGAACAAAGCUCCGGCAAGCAGCUAUAUAUUGUGGAUACUUUUUCGAAAGCGGGCCAUGGCGAGAGGCCCUUAUACGCUGGGGAGUUGACCCACGCAAAGAUCCUGAAUAUCGCAAGUACCAGACUGUAUCGUUCUUGUCUUACAUCAAGUCAGGCACGUCCAAGCACCGCGCUGUCUUCGACCAGCAUGUCAUGAAGCUAGCAAAGAUGGCUCCGGAGGAGCUAGAGUCUGAGCAUACGUUUGACGGCUUCAAUGUCUCACAAACAGGCAACCUCUUCCAAUUCUGUGACAUCACCGAUCCUCUUAUUGCGAAGAUAUUAGCCACAAAGGAUAUCCGAACAACCUGCGCACCGACAUUUCAAGGAUGGUAUCAUGUUGGGACAUGGGCCAAAGCCACUGUGAUUCUGAAGGAUAAGAUGAACACGAUUAUCGGCGGGGACAAGCCGGAUGAUAGCAUAUACCAGCGCAUCAUCACCUGGCCUGAGUUAUGGGACGACAAAGAAAUGGCAGCUCAGUACAAGAGCGAAAUCGACGACCGUCAAAUCCAUCACGAGAAGAGGAGAGAGCACCAAGUAAUGCACAAUGUGCGGUGGGCUGCAAGAAAUCCCCGAUAUGCUUUUGAGAAGAUGGAAGCGCUCGAUGAGCAGGAAAGGCAGGCCGACGAAGAACAGGAGCCGGAAGAUGUUCAUGUUCCCGAAGACAUGACAGAAGAUCCUGUCCAGCCCGAUGCUAUUCUGAACGCAGAUAUUGGAGAGGCUGAGGACGAUCAGGAUGAUCAGGAUGGUGAAGCAGAUGAAGAUGAUGAGAUGCAGGUUGACGACGGGGAUGAGGGCUUGUAUGGUAGCUCCGAGGUUGACGAUGAUGAUGACAGCGAUAGCCCAGUGAUGUCUGUACGAGCGGCAUCAGAAGGACCGGUACCAUUUGGUGGCUACUACAAGGUAUGA